AUGACGACAGAAGAACGCUGGAACGCUCUUUAUUCAGUAUUGAACCUUCGGGGCGAUCUCAAUGCUUGCUUACAGCAUGUGUUCGUCAAAAGACUUGAAUGUCUGAAAGUUGAACUACAGCAUGAGGUUCUCCGAGCAAAUUCUCGCGUUUACGAGGGCAAAGCUGUUAUUAUUGGAGGUACAAUAACAGGUUUUGUGUCCAGAUUGGAGGCUAUUCGAACGACCAACCCGUUCGCAAUUUUGGCGGAGGAGGCAUCAGAAGUGAUGGAGCCUCUCCUUGUUUCAUGCUUUAGCUCAUCUACACGAAAACUGGAAAAGAUCGGAGAUCAUAUGCAGCUGCAGCCUGCUCCACAAGGAAUUGAAGUUCCGUCGUCUGUAUUAUCAAUCCAGCGUCGAAUGCGCAAGAACAUCUGCGACCUCACUCGAAACUUUUACGUCGAGAUCACAACGAUUGAAGAUCACGAAACUUGUGGCUCAAAAGUCAUUGGAUUUCAUUGUGGAGUGCCUCCUCAGUCAAUUGCUGUGCUCACUCCGUACAAAGGACAAUUGAUGCUCAUGAGGAGAAUGCUAAUGAACACGUACGGGCUAUGUAUGAAGACUAAAGGACGAGAUUCACGACCAGCUCCAUCUUGCAUUGUAUCAACGGUAGAUCGUUUUCAAGGCGAUGAAGCUGACAUUGUCGUUAUCUCACUCGUAAUUGAUGGCAAGUCUCGCACGCCUUUCGUGAAACUUCAAAAUCGGAUGCGUGAAACUUCAAAAUCGGAUGAUUGUCUUGCUGAGUCGAGCACGCUUGGGGAUGUAUGUUGUUGGAAAUGUCGAUUACUUCGGCGAGACUACACAUUGGCAGAAGACGUUGGGGCUCUUAAAGAAAGACGCACUGUUGCAAAAGAAGAGCGAGACUUGAAGCUUAGAUUUUGCACUGUAGUGUGCUCGGUAGACCUUGAAGACUACCACAGCUAUCGCAACUCUAUCAAAUGUGACGGACACAGAAGAAAGCCUGACGUAGAGAAACACAAUCAACAGUGUCAUGUGAAGGUCGAGUCGCCUUGCAGUCGUCACCCUCGAGAACUGGUGUGCUCCAAUGUGACGGCUUCUGCGCGAGGAAUGUACAUUGAUAAAGCUUUGGAGAAGUACCAAUGUAAUAUUCGAGUGGAAGUCAGUUUGCCCUGUGGCCACAACCAGAACAUGACAUGCUACUCACACAGUGAAAUCGUGGCAGGACGGAGGUCAUGGUUGGUGUGCAACAAAGAGGCUAUCGCACCGCACGAGUACUCGGAGUGCAAACGCGUUCUGAAAUGCACGUGCAGCGAGUUUGGUCGAUCCAUGCAUUGA